UUGGUUGAAGAGGAAGACCCUCAAAUGAAAGUGACUCUGGGGAGCAGCGAUAUGGGCUUGUCUGCUCACCUGCAGGCAUCGAAGGCAGGAACCACCAGAUUCUUUACCAGCAACACUCACAGUUCUGUGGUCCUUCAGGGUUUUGACCAGCUCCGCCUGGAAGGCUUGCUUUGUGAUGUGACGUUAGUGCCAGGCGAUGGAGACGAUGUGUUCCCCGUGCACAGGGCGAUGAUGGCGUCUGCCAGUGAUUACUUCAAGGCUAUGUUCACAGGUGGGAUGAAAGAACAAGACUUAAUGUGUAUUAAGCUCCACGGCGUGAACAAAAUAGGUUUAAAGAAGAUCAUUGAUUUUAUUUAUACGGCGAAACUUUCCCUCAACAUGGACAACCUGCAGGAUACUCUAGAAGCGGCCAGCUUUUUGCAGAUCUUGCCUGUGCUGGACUUCUGUAAAGUGUUUCUUAUCUCUGGGGUGUCCUUGGAGAACUGCGUUGAGGUGGGGCGGAUUGCCAACACAUACAACCUCACCGAAGUGGAUAAAUACGUGAACAAUUUCAUCCUCAAAAACUUCCCAGCCCUGCUAAGUACGGGGGAGUUUGUGAAGCUCCCUUUUGAGCGCCUUGCCUUUGUCCUCUCAAGUAAUAGCCUUAAGCACUGUACCGAGCUGGAACUCUUCAAAGCCGCCUGCCGGUGGCUGCGGUACGAGGAGCCACGCAUGGAAUGCGCCGCGAAGCUCAUGAAAAACAUCCGUUUCCCUCUGAUGACGCCCCAGGAUCUAAUCAACUAUGUCCAGACCGUGGAUUUCAUGAGGACUGAUAAUACUUGUGUCAAUUUGCUCUUGGAAGCCAGUAACUAUCAAAUGAUGCCCUACAUGCAGCCGGUGAUGCAGUCGGAGAGGACGGCCAUCCGUUCGGACAGCACCCACCUGGUGACCUUGGGAGGGGUCCUCCGGCAGCAGCUGGUCGUGAGUAAGGAACUGAGGAUGUACGAUGAGAAAGCACACGAGUGGAGGUCCCUGGCCCCCAUGGACGCCCCCCGGUACCAGCACGGCAUCGCUGUGAUUGGGAACUUCCUCUAUGUGGUUGGUGGGCAGAGCAAUUAUGACACAAAAGGGAAGACGGCUGUCGACACGGUUUUCAGGUUUGAUCCUCGCUACAAUAAGUGGAUGCAAGUGGCUUCUUUAAAUGAAAAGCGGACCUUCUUCCACCUAAGUGCCCUCAAAGGACAUUUGUAUGCAGUUGGUGGUCGAAAUGCAGCUGGGGAAUUAGCUACGGUGGAGUGUUACAAUCCCAGAAUGAACGAGUGGAGCUACGUGGCGAAGAUGAACGAGCCCCAUUACGGACACGCGGGGACGGUGUACGGGGGGCUGAUGUACAUUUCAGGUGGCAUCACCCACGACACUUUCCAGAAGGAGCUCAUGUGCUUCGACCCCGACACGGACAAAUGGACGCAGAAGGCCCCCAUGACCACCGUGCGGGGCCUCCACUGCAUGUGCACGGUGGGCGACAAGCUCUACGUCAUCGGGGGCAACCACUUCCGGGGCACCAGUGACUACGACGACGUGCUCAGCUGCGAAUAUUACUCCCCGACGCUGGACCAGUGGACUCCGAUUGCAGCCAUGCUCCGGGGCCAGAGUGACGUUGGGGUGGCCGUUUUUGAGAACAAGAUCUAUGUGGUCGGAGGCUAUUCGUGGAACAACCGCUGCAUGGUGGAAAUCGUUCAGAAAUACGACCCGGAGAAGGACGAGUGGCACAAGGUCUUUGACCUCCCGGAGUCCCUGGGGGGCAUCCGGGCCUGCACACUGACAGUCUUCCCCCCCGAGGACAAUCUAGCUUCACCUUCGCGGGAGUCGCCUCUUUCGGCGCCUUGAGAGCGGUCCGGGGGCUCUCUGGGCCCUUC